AUGGCGGUUCAUGGAGCCUCAUGGCGGUUCAUGGAGUCUCAUGGCGGUUCAUGGAGCCUCAUGGCGGUUUAUGGAGCCUCAUGGCGGUUCAUGGAGCCUCAUGGCGGUUCAUGGAGCCUCAUGGCGGUUCAUGGAGCCUCAUGGCGGUUCAUGGAGCCUCAUGGCGGUUCAUGGAGCCUCAUGGCGGUUCAUGGAGUCUCAUGGGGUUCAUGGAGCCUCAUGGCGGUUCAUGGAGUCUCAUGGCGGUUCAUGGAGCCUCAUGGCGGUUCAUGGAGUCUCAUGGCGGUUCAUGGAGCCUCAUCGCGGUUCAUGAAAUUUGAUGGCGGUUCAUGGAGCCUCAUGGCGGUUCAUGGAGCCUCAUGGCGGUUCAUGGAGUCUCAUGGCGGUUCAUGGAGCCUCAUGGCGGUUCAUGGAGUCUCAUGGCGGUUCAUGGAGCCUCAUGGCGGUUCAUGGAGUCUCAUGGCGGUUCAUGGAGCCUCAUGGCGGUUCAUGAAGUCUCAUGGCGGUUCAUGGAGUCUCAUGGCGGUUUAUGAAGUCUCAUGGCGGUUCAUGGAGUCUCAUGGCGGUUCAUGGAGCCUCAUGGCGGUUCAUGGAGCCUCAUGGCGGUUCAUGGAGCCUCAUGGCGGUUCAUGGAGUCUCAUGGCGGUUUAUGGAGCCUCAUGGCGGUUCAUGGAGUCUCAUGGCGGUUCAUGGAGCCUCAUGGCGGUUCAUAGAGCCUCAUGGCGGUUCAUGGAGUCUUAUGGCGGUUCAUGGAGCCUCAUGGCGGUUCAUGGAGCCUCAUGGCGGUUCAUGGAGUUUUAUGGCGGUUCAUGGAGCCUCAUGGCGGUUCAUGGAGCCUCAUCGCGGUUCAUGGAGUCUCAUGGCGGUUCAUGGAGCCUCAUGGCGGUUCAUGGAGUCUCAUGGCGGUUCAUGGAGCCUCAUGGCGGUUCAUGGAGUCUCAUGGCGGUUCAUGGAGCCUCAUGGCGGUUCAUGGAGCCUCAUGGCGGUUCAUGGAGUCUCAUGGCGGUUCAUGGAGCCUCAUGGCGGUUCAUGGAGCCUCAUGGCGGUUCAUGGAGCCUCAUGGCGGUUCAUGGGAGGGGUCAGGGUUCGGUGGAAAGGGUUGCAUGA